CCCGGAGUUUCCGGAUAGCCUUCAAGCGGAGAAAACGGGGCUUACGAAGAAAGCUAACACGUUGAGCCAACCAGUCCUCAUCCUCCAGCUGUGUGCGUACAGGAACCAUGUCCGCCCACUCCACCGCGAUGGAGCUGGAUGAUCCGCCACCAACAGCCGUGAGACAACGAUCUGUAACAGCAAUUUUCCGCGGCUCUCCACUCGCUGCUCCUCUGCCUCCACCUCCAUCCCCUCCGCCUCCGCCUCCUGCCGAUGACCGGGAAAUUCUCCUCCGUGAACUUGGCCUGGCCCUUGAGACCCGGGCUGUACCGGCAUCCUUUUGGGCCUGCGUACAGGUUGCAGACAUAUCAGCGUUACGGAGCUUUGUGAGAGAUGCUCAAGCCUCACCACGUUUGUGCACGAUCUUAUCCGAUAACUUUUAUUCUAUUCCUCGAGUUUGGAUGCAGAAACCACCAAGAGAUAGUACAUCAAGUUCGGCAUCGUCAUCUUCCCAAGAUUCACAGAAAUCCGGUGGAGUUCCUCGCUCGAGAUCUGCCAAGAAGAUUGCUUUCACUCGCGAUCGUGGUAAAUGCGUUAUCACCGGACGGCCUGUAGUGCAAGUGUGCCACAUCUUCCCGCACUACUUGCUGAAGAAGAAGUCGACAGACCUGACGAAAUCUCUCCCAGACCUUUGGAAACUAUUGUCUCUGUUCUUUGAUCAUGACCGAGUCUUCCAAUGGAAAAGUGCCAUUUUUCCUGACCCCAAGAACCCAACUGAUUCGAUCCCGGAAAACUUAGUUUGCCUUGGUACCAAUAUACAUGAAGACUGGACAGCUGGCUGUCUCGCUUUCAAGCCGGUUAGUUUAUCUCCAAAUGGUUGUGAACUGAAAAUUGAGUUCCAUUGGCUGCCCCGGGAGCCCCAUGGACCAGACGAUGAUGUCGACCUUUCACGGGUCCCAUUGUCGUCCGCUGGCCUUGACGAGUCUGGGGGUAGAGUUGCUUAUAAUGACAAGCGGAAACCGAUCAAGUCUGGGGACGAAUUUAUUCUGACAACUCACAAUCCUGAGACGCAUCCCCUCCCAAGUUUCACUCUAUUGGAGAUGGCCUGGAAACUGAAUCAGAUUGUCGCGUUGUCCGCCGCCGCCGACGACACGGAGCUAGAAGACGACGACGACGACGACGAUGACAACCUCCCUGUGUUAACCACGAAAAAAGACAUCAAGAAUUGGAUGUCAGAGCCAUUCGCCAACGACGAUGAAGAUGACGACGAGGACGACAACGAUCUCUCUUUCCAAGAUUCCGAUGACUUGAGACUUUCAGAAAGCUCAGCCUCUACCACACACUCCCCGCUUAAAAGCCGCACAAACGCCCAAGUUGCUCAAGGGUCAGCGUUGGAGCCUGCUGGACUUGCCGAUGAUGCCUGAGCUUCUAAUCCUGGUAUUUGCUAAGACUUCCUGUACGAUUUACGAUCCAAUGUAAAGUAGAUGAUGAAAUCCAACUGUUUACCUCGAUUAUCUAUAUUCCUAGCCACAGGUAUAUAAAAUUCAGCAAUGAUGCAAUACACAGUAGUAAG